AUGGACGUCGCUCUGUCGAUCGACACGCUCGCUUCGGGCCUAGGGCUCGCAAAGCUCUCGCUGGCACGAUCCCAUCACCUCAUCGCCCUCUCCGAUUCGCCGCCCGGCGACCAGUCGGCGCCCCCCGCCUCGGCCCUCCAGAUCUCCUCCGCCGUCGUGAAAUCCUCGGCCUGCCGGACCCUGCCCCGCCGCCUCGUCCGGAGGAAGCGGCGGUCGAAGCGGAGGUCGCUCUCGGGAGAUUGCCCCGACGAGGGGGGCGACGUUGGGGACUGCGGAUUUUACGGCGGCGACCCGUUUGGCGGGGGUUUCGUCCCUAGCGGCGGCGGCGGCGGCGGCGGAGGAGGAGGAGGAGACGGCGGCGGAUGGAAUUACGGAGGGCCGAAUUGGGAGGACGAUUCGUCGUCGGGGUUCGGUCCCGGUUCCGGCUUCGCGCUCGACUUUGUGUAUGAGGUCAUGUGUUGGAUUGCGCUGUCGAAUUGCGUGCAUUUCGCCUUCAAGAAAUUGCUGAGGAGUUUAGCGGUGGAGGGAAUUGGUGAUGCAGCGAGGGAGAAGGUUCCCAUUAGAUUGACGACAAUGUGUUGA